UUGACAUGUAAAACCCUAUCAUCUUCCCAUUUAAGCUGAAAACCUAACUUUGUAUUUCCUCUCCUUUGGGUUAACAAAGAACGGACUGACCUGAAGCAGCAGCUGGAAGCAAUGGUGAAGUAUUCAAAGGAACCCGAUAACCCCACCAAAUCUUGCAAAUCCAGGGGUUCAAGUCUCAGAGUUCAUUUCAAGAAUACACGAGAGACAGCACAUGCACUUAGGAAGAUGCCGUUGGACAAGGCCAAGAGAUACCUUGAGGAUGUUCUUGCCCACAAACAAGCCAUCCCGUUCACACGCUUUUGUCGUGGGGUUGGUCGUACUGCUCAGGCAAAGAAUCGCCAUUCAAAUGGUCAAGGACGUUGGCCUGUGAAAUCUGCAGGGUUUAUUCUAGAUUUACUCAAAAAUGCUGAGAGCAAUGCUGAGGUUAAAGGCUUGGAUGUGGAUUCACUUUUCAUUUCUCACAUCCAAGUAAAUGAAGCACAAAAACAGAGGCGCCGCACGUACCGAGCUCAUGGACGAAUCAACCCCUAUAUGUCUCACCCUUGCCAUAUUGAGUUGACAUUGUCUGAGAAGGAAGAGUCCGUCAAGAAGGAGCCGGAGACUCAGUUGGCUUCUAGAAAGACAAAGGCGUAAGCAAUGAAUACCGGAAUGCAGAAGAUGUUAAGUUUUAAUGUCGUUAUAGUCUCUGUUAUGAAACAAUUUUGGCAGAUUGAACCAUGUUCCUCCAGAAAUUUGGUUUUGCAUAUUCUUACUUUUCCAAAACUUGAGUUGGAUGUUACCUUAUUCUAUGGCUUAGUUGCUGGAA